AUGGCUAUGGAUGUGCCAUUGAGCAACAGCAAUAGCAGCAGCAGCAGCAAUACAUCUGCACAGGAUGAUCCUGUUGAGAGUUGUAGUGAUCGAGAUAUCCAUUCUCGCAUGAAUAUGAUCGAUGUACUUCGAUUGGAUGCCGAACAAAGCAAGCAAAAGGAAUUAAGUCUGGUCGUUACACACAGGGAAUCGUUGCUCAAAGAGCUAUUCAUCUUGGUGGGCCAACCAGAAGAACAUAGCGAUAACGUCCUCCGUUUCCUUCAAGGUCGAAAUGAUGAGUCAAAACAUGAUCCUGAAACUUGGCAUACUUUUCUACGGGAUCAAUCGCUCGGUACGAAUCCAACGCCUGGUAUAGCAACUUCAGCCGACAACAACACACAAUCAACGACAAUGGAUGAUGUCGAAAAACAACCUCAGCUACCAUUGGAAGCGUCUUCGUCGUCGUCGUCUCAUAGCAUUGGAUCAUCGGCCGAUGUAAAUAUGGAAAAUAGCCAUCCCGCUACUCCAAGUGCAAAGAUGGCAACAGAAACCAUGGAGACUGAAUCACCAGCCACUGCAGAUAGCGUUAUGAAUCCACCCAAUGGAAAAGAGUCGACGUCAAAUGAAAACGAGCAAUCACAGCAACCAUUACCACCACCACAAGAUGAACCAAUGAAAGAUGAAUCGAAUGAGGAUCAAGUCGUGGAGGAUCAACCAGUGGCAGAUCAACCAGUGGAAGAUGAUCAACCGGUUAAGGACCAAUUAGUGGAAGAGGAAUCAAUGAAGGACCAAUUAGUGGAAGAGGAAUCAAUGAAGGAUCAACCACCCGAAGAUCAGCCAAUGAAGGAUCAGCCAUCGGUCGAUCAACCAGCCGGCAAUCAACCUGUGGAAGAUCAACCAGUGAACAAUGAAUCAUCUGAGGAUCAAUCAAUGAAGGAUCAAUCACACGAAGAUCAACCAAUCCACAAUCAACCACCUAAGGAUGAGCCAUCAGAGGACCAAAAUCGAGAGGAGGAACAUGUUAAACCACCGCAGGAUCAGCAACAAGAGAAUGCUGUAGUUCAAAAGAUUCCACCUCGUAAAACCACCAUUCCAACGCAGCGCAUGCUUAUGGCAAAAGAGUAUCAGCCAAGAUCAUACAACGGCCUCAAUUUCCCUGAUUACCGCAACGACAAGGAAGAAGGAUUGGAUCUAUAUGCCUGGCAAGUACGUGCCAAUGCCCAGCCACUCUAUAAAUCACUGCAGACGGCACGUAAAGUAUUACUUUCUCGGGAUUGGAUGCUUGCCCGGGAAGAGUUUAAAUCGGUCAAGACUGUACAAUCGAUUGAGGAUUUGAAGAAAAAGAACAUGUGGAGCUUAAGGCAGCCUAAACGGCAAAAGACGGUUCCGAGGACAAAGACGCAUUGGGACUUUUUAAUGGAUGAAAUGCGAUGGAUGCGGACCGAUUUCAAGGAAGAGAGGAAAUGGAAAGUGGCAACGGCAUACAUGUUAUCACAAGCGGUGAUGGAAUGGCAUCAAGCACAAGACAAAUCAAGCAUUUGCGUCAAGACGAUUAUACCCCAGCAGCAUCAAGUUGCCAAAGAGAAAAGCGACAAUGAUACUCAGCAAUCCGCCACCACCACCACCGCCGACAAUCCCACUGAUGAAGCAACAAAAGCGGUUGAUGACGCAGCUGUUUCCGAGAUGGUGGUGGAUAAUGGCUCCUCAACUCAAGAGCCAUCACAAGCUGAAUCUCAUCCUGGUGAAGAAGAGUCAAAGGCUGAUGCUGCUGCUGCUGCUCCAGUGGAUUUGUCGCAAAAGAUCCUUCAAAAUUAUCGAUCCAAGAUCAUGGAACUUGAUCCAAAUCACACAAUUGUGACGCUUGCAAUGGAAGACAUUGGUGAAUUCGAUAUCCAUUCCAUAUUCCCUGAUCUUUUGAUGUACGAGCCGCCCAACCCUGAUUAUGAUGACCCGUACUUUGAUGAAGCAGAAUAUGGUCGCAUUGUUGCUAUCACCAAGCUGAUCACAAACAAGAUUGUCCUCAAAAAGCGACAGCGCUUGAGCCGAAAACGAAAGAUUGAUGGUGAGCCGGUGUUGGUUGAGGAGCCUGAGCAAGAAGAGGAAAGCGUCAAAACCCUCCCAAGAAAUGAACGCUAUGAUACUUCGCCUUUGGUUUCUCAACUCUUUGCACCAAAGAAACUUCGUGAUGCACCAGCAGUCCAACCACCCACACCAAAACAAUCUCCUGAAACCCAACCAGCUAGUUCAUGGACCGAGGAAGAUGAUUUAUGCUUGAUUCAAAUGAUAUUGCAAUACUCUUUCAAUUGGAACCUUGUCACGGAUGCUUUCAACGCAAUAAGAUUACCGAAAACAGGCGAACGCCGAACGGCAUGGCAAUGUCACGAGCGAUGGAAGCAAAACAACCUCACAUCCUUAUCGGGUCAAGUGAGUCCAGCGUACAUCUCCAAGUUGAAAAGAGAAGCAUCGAAACGACCCUCCAUUGUCAGGUUCGAGUCCAGUAAGAAACGUCAGCGACAAUACAACAUCUUGGAUUCAAUUCAGCGUACACAAAAACGUCGAGAUGAGAUACAAAAGCCUGCAGCAUCAAGUUCACGUCCUCGAAGUACUAUUGAGACUCAUGGAACAAAUGCCAAUGGUCAACGGUUGCCUACAGCCAUGGAGCUUAGUCUUCACAAGAGUCAACGUGAUCGGCAGAUGCAGCAUGCUUUCUUGGAACAACGACAAUUAUCGGCAGGAUAUCCUCUUCAACGACCAGCUGCUCCAACUGCUGGUAAUCAAGUACGACCCAUGCAACAGCAGCGACAUUCUUCUCCAGCACAAGCGAUGGUUUCACAAACUCGACCACCGACAGCAUCAAUACCACCAAAUAAGCCUGCAAUGAGCAAUGGCCCAGUGAUGGGUGUACCGAAUACGCCAGCGAACAUGCCAAUGACUGGAGCUGUUGGAAAUAGUACCCCUCGACCACUACCACCAUCAACACCACCUCAACCACAACAACAACCACAACAACCACCCACACCAGCAGCAUCCACUCAAGCUGGACAAUUACAUGCAAAUAACAGAUACCCUUCUGCACAAUUGCACCUUUUCCGUCAACGACAAAUGGCAUUGGCUAUGGCUCAGGCACAAAGUCGUCCUCCUGCAUCAACGCCUUUACAGCGAUAUGCAAAUGUCAUGAAUUCACCUGCACAACAAAGUCCAGAGACCAUGGGACAACAACAACAACAGCAGCAGCAGCAACCAACUCAUCCAAUGGCGUCUCCAGGGAUGCAUCAACAACCAGUAGCUUCGGUUGCCACGCCACAAAUACCUAUGCAACAGCCACAACAGCAACAACAACAGCCUACUGUUCAACCUACAAAUCCUCUUCAAGCUGCUGCUCAGCUGUUACAAAUGGGUUAUUCUAUAAAUCAACUUCCUCCGAAUCAGCAAAUAUUAUUGCAACGAUACCUCGCACAAAUGCAAAUGCGUAAUGCUGCAACACAAGCACAAGCACAGGCUCAAGCGCAAGCACAGGCUCAAGCACAGGCUCAGGCGCAAGCACAAGCACAAGCACAAGCUCAGGCACAACAAAUGGCUAGUAAUGGUAUUUCAAAUGCAUCACAAAUCCCACGGAUGACAAGUAGCCCUGCUGCCAUGCGUCAAUCUCCUCAACAAAUGAUUGCUGCCGCUGCCGCUGCUGCUGCCACACCCAAUAGCAAUGGAUUAUCUACAGCUGCGUUAAUGGCUGCUCAUCAACAACAUCAAGCAUUACAACAGCGUUUCCAAGCUGCUCAAAUGUUGCAAUAUCAACAACAAGGAUUACAGCAACAACAACAACAGCAGCAGCAGCAAAUGCAAAGCCCACAAAACCAUGUACUACAACAGCAACAGCAACAACACUACCUUCAACAGUUGCAGCAGCAGCAACAGCAGCAGCAGCAGCAGCAUUAUCUCCAGCAAUUGCAACAACAGCAACAACAACAACAGCAGCAGCAGCAGAACAAUCCACAUCAAACACAACAACAAUUACCACAAGGGUCACCUCUACUUCAAAGAAGUCCCCAUGGUCAUGUAUAG